UAUACUUAGUGUAUUCGUCCGUUUCCGGACAUUGAGCAACAAGAUGGCUUCCUCCAGUGAUGAGAGUUCGUCAGAAAUAUCUCAAGAAACAGAAGAAAAGAAGACCACUUUCAAGGAUUUGGGUGUAGUGGACGUGCUGUGUGAAGCAUGUGAACAGCUGAAAUGGACGACUCCUACCAAGAUCCAGACAGAGGCCAUCCCCCUGGCACUGGAAGGUAAGGAUGUGAUUGGGCUGGCAGAGACAGGUUCAGGGAAGACCGGCACCUUCGCUCUGCCCAUCCUACAGAGCCUGCUGGAGAAACCACAGAGACUCUUUGCUCUGGUCCUCACUCCAACCCGAGAGCUUGCCUUCCAGAUCUCCGAGCAGUUUGAGGCACUGGGAGCCUCCAUCGGCAUCAAAUGUGUUGUGGUAGUUGGAGGGAUUGACAUGGUCACACAAGCCCUGCAGCUGGCCAAGAAACCUCAUGUCAUCAUUGCUACACCUGGCCGUCUCGUGGACCAUCUCGAGAACACCAAAGGCUUCAACCUUAGAGCCUUGAAGUACCUGGUACUGGAUGAAGCUGACAGGAUCCUGAACAUGGAUUUUGAGGCUGAGGUAGACAAGAUCCUGAAGGUGAUCCCCAGAGAAAGACACACAUAUCUCUUCUCAGCAACCAUGACCAAAAAGGUGGCAAAGUUACAGCGAGCGUCUCUGACCAACCCUGUAAAAGUGGAGGUGAACUCCAAGUAUAAAACAGUGGACACCUUACAACAGUACUACCUCUUCAUACCCAGUAAAUACAAGGAUGUGUACCUGGUGUCUAUCCUGAACGAGCUAGCAGGUAACUCCUUCAUGGUGUUCUGCAGCACGUGUAACAACACCCAGCGUACAGCCUUCCUCCUCAGGAACCUGGGCUUCAACGCCAUUCCACUACACGGACAACUCAGCCAGAACUCACGGCUUGGUGCCCUUCACAAGUUCAAGGCCAAGAGCCGGUCUAUCCUGAUCGCAACAGACGUGGCCAGUCGGGGGCUGGACAUCCCUCAUGUGGACGUGGUCAUCAACUUCGACAUUCCUACUCACUCUAAGGACUACAUCCACAGAGUUGGACGUACAGCCAGAGCUGGGAGGUCUGGGAAGGCCGUCACCUUUGUCACACAGUACGAUGUGGAGCUGUACCAGAGGAUUGAACACCUGAUUGGGAAGAAACUGCCGCUGUAUAAAACAGAGGAGGAGGAAGUGAUGGUGAUGAAUGAGAGAGUGAUGGAGGCUCAGAGAUACGCCAGGAUGGAAAUGAAGGAGCAGGGUCAGAAGAAGGGAGGGAAGAGGUCUGCAGCUGAUGAUGAUGAGGACACCAUGGAAGCUUCAGGUGUCAGGAAGAAAGUCAAAAAGUUCCAGAAAAACAAAAAGAAGCACUAACACUAAAAUCUAAACUCUUUUAUUGAUUUUAUAUUUUCAUCUACUUGGGUAGUGAAAGUAUAUUCUAUUGUUUAUCUGCAACCUGCAUUUUCACUAUGUUUUAUAACAUAGUUUGGUCAAUAUGGAGGUAACUUUAAAUAUUAUUGUUUCAUUGUUGUUUUUUUUUUUGGAUUUCAAACAAAAUAGAACAGGG